CUUUCCCGGCAGUAAGAGUCAGUGCCGACCCAUUUGCAUUCUCACUUGAUGCCCAGAGGGAGCUCCUAACCCUAGGUUUUGAUCCGUAUGUCCUUUUGGUAGAGGUUCCGUCCGGUUGAUUCCCCGGUGAGCAUGGAGCACCCUUGGAAUUUCCGGCCAGCUCAGGCUGGCCUUCCUCGGCCUCCGCCAUUUCCUCCGGCGAAUUCCGGCUUGGACUUCCGCCAUCCUCACCCGUUGCCUGGCUUUGAGAAUCCUCCGCAACCGGUCUUCCAGGGACCCUUCUUUGAUCCUCCAGGCCAUUUCCGCCACGAUGAUCGAUUGCUCGGUCCGCCGGGAUUCCAUCCUGGAGGUUCCGCGGCAAUGCGCGGCUUCGAGCACGGGCCGGGCGCCAUAGGAUUCGUUCGGCCGGAGUUUAGGGUUAACCCGGCGCAGGUAGAUGGUCACUUUCCAGAACAGAGGCGGUGGGAUAACCCUCAGGUCCGGGGCGGAAUAAGCGAUCCCUCGAGCUGGAAUUCUUUCCCGGGCCCAAAUCUUGAUAGGAGAAGCUUGAAUGAUGGGCAAGGAAACCAUUCCCCGUUUGGUGUCACCUCGGCACCGAGUGUCGAUCGGUGGAACGAGAAAAUGCAAACGGCCCGUGAGGGGUUUGACAAUCGCGUGGGCUAUACCGGGAAUUGGGGUUCUUUGGGAUAUGCUGGAACGUUUGGCGACGAUUGGGGGGCGCCUCUUGUUGGAAGAGGGUUUGAAGAACAGCGGUUGGUUGAGAAUGGAACUGUUCACAAGCGACCCAGGUUAGAAAACGGUCGCAUGGUCGAAUAUGAUGAAUAUGGCCAUCCAAGUUCGGCCAAUGCAGGUAAACGAUCGCGUGAAAAUGAAAGGAUAUCCAAUCUGAUUCGAGAUCAUGGCGGAUACAGUGGUCCCGUUGGCCAGGAAAAGCCGACAUCACAUUAUCCACUUGAUGGUUCUUUUGAUGCUACGUCGUUCCAAGGACGGCCUCAUUUACCUGAAGGUGCGCAAAAUCGGUGGUCAGGUGUUGAUCAGUUAAGAGAGUUGAGCAUGAAUGGGGCUCGCUCUGGCCUGGACAUGGAGCAUCAGAGGCGGUUUGGAAAUGAAUUCCCCGCUAUUUUGCAACCAGAGCUGGGUUCCCCUGUGCCGCAUGGAGUGGGUCUAUCGCAAUCUAACCUUGGAUCUGGAAAUUAUGGCUCUCAUGGAGCAGCCGGGAAUCCUCAGUCCAAUGACCACCCUGAACGAGGUAUAAUGCAAAACCAUGACCAUUAUCACCAUGGUCAAAUUUCUCAUGAUAGUGAUAAAUUGGCAUCUGGUGUAUACUCAAAGGACCGUGAGAACCACUUUUUGUCUCAGCAAAUGUUGCCACAAACUCUCAGUCCGCAACCCCUAACCCAAAUGCGUGUUGAUCCUUCUGGGCAUGCAAACCAGAGAAUGUUGGAUCAUACAGAUCAAAGUCAGGAGAAAGCAAUCAGUCAUCAAGAGCAGGCAAAUUCGAAUAAACAAGAUCAAUUUUUUCUACCACCAUCCAUACAAGGCUUCUCAAAGGUCGACCCUCAAAUGUCCCAGUUUGCAUCUGAUCAUGAUGGCUAUAGUUCUCGAGUGUAUAUGGCCUCCAAAAAUUCGCAGCUCCCAUUGUUAGAUAAUUCAUUUGGUACCAGGCACCCUACUCAGCAAUUAAGGGACGGACACAGAAAUUAUCAUACCGUGGAAACUGGAAAGCUGCAGCAUCCGCAAACUGUAAUUGGAACUCCAAAUGAAUCGCAUGGGCAACAAGAUAUGGCCUUACCUCUGGAGAACAGCCGGAGGAACUUUGGUCAGGGUAGACAUGAAAACUACUUUUUUCCAGAAAUGGGCCCAGCGUCUCACCUGAGAAAUCGUCCGCAGAUGUCUCAACCGCUGCUGGGGGCUCUUCCUUUGGCAGGGGAGUCACCAGCACCACCGUAUCCAUCCAGUCAUGAGAGCCAGAUUACUGCAGCACCUUUACCAGCUUUGAAAUAUCCGGGCCUUUCAAGCACGUCAUCUGUGUUGCCAUCUUCAGUGGCAAUUCCUGGUCAUGUCCUAUCGGAAGCUAGACCUUCUGCGCAAGGAUGCCAUGCUAGUUUGCCAACAAUUCCGUUCCCUCGGGAGGGACAAUCUCUGCAUGUCACAGAAGAAGUUCAGCCACUCUCUCUGAAGAAAUCUCCAGUAGCUAAGCCAAAGGUGGUUGAUGCAACUCAUUUGUUUAUGCUGCCUCAUCGGACAACUCGUCCUGAUCAUAUAGUUGUCAUACUUCGCGGUCUUCCUGGAAGUGGUAAAAGUUACUUGGUAAAGGCAUUACGUGAUUUAGAGGUUUCAAAUGGUGGCAAUGCACCACGAAUCCAUUCCAUGGAUGAUUACUUCAUGACUGAAGUUGAAAAGGAUGAGGAGAGCGAAAGUUCCAAAACUUCUGGAGCUGUCAAGGGGAAGCGGACCAUCACAAAGAAAGUAAUGGAGUACUGUUAUGAGCCAGAAAUGGAGGAGGCCUAUCGAGCAAGCAUGUUGAAAGCGUUUAAGAAGACACUAGAGGAUGGAAUUUUCAAGUUUGUGAUUGUGGAUGACCGCAAUCUGCGGGUAGCUGAUUUUGCUCAAUUUUGGGCAACUGCAAAGAGGUCGGGGUAUGAAGUUUACAUUCUUGAGGCGACUUACAGAGACAUUGCGGGAUGUGCGGCUAGGAAUGUGCAUGGCUUUACUUCUGAGGACAUUCAGAAAAUGGCAAAUAAAUGGGAACACACUCCACCUUUAUAUCUACAACUAAAUACCCAGUCACUAUUCCACGGCGAUGAUCUGAAUGACCGAGGGAUUGCAGAGGUGGAGAUGGAUAUGGAGGAAGUGGACUGCAGUAUGGAAGAACCCCUUUUGAAGAAUGAUGAGAAAUUUAUACAGAAUCCUGAUUCCCCAUCACCAGAUUAUGAAUAUGAAGGGCAUCAUUCUGGAAUUGGGCAGAGGUGGCAAGCUGAAAUUUCUGACUCGUUAAAAGAAGUUAAAGAAAUAGAGAAAAGUAAAUGGUCCAAGAAUAUGGAUGAGGUUGCUGAUGUGGUAAAACCACCUAAGAAUACGUCUCAGACUGCACUCUCUGGACUGAUACAGGCAUAUGGCAAGGGAGAUAAAUCUAUCCGUUGGGGUGAUAAUGAAGGACGGAGUGGCUUUGCUAUAGGAGUUGGAAAGAAGUCUAAGUCUCUGAUAAUUGGACCUGGAGCUGGUUACAAUUUGGACUCCAAUCCAUUACCUGAAGAAGAAACUGCAAGUGAGAGUGACCAUGGUAGUUCCGGGGAGUCAAAGAGGCGAACUAUGUUUCUUGAGCAUAUCCGUGCUGAGCAGGAGUCUUUCCGUGCCGUUUUCGAUAGAAGACGACAGCGCAUCGGUGGGCUUGAUGUGGAGGAUGAUUAGUAACUGAUUCUGUAUUAAGUUGAACAAUUUUGAUCAUCCAUCGUUGUCACUAUUGUAAUUUGUAUAUAUAGAAAAGGAAAAUGGUUUCAUUCA